AUCUUAUUAUUGACGGUCGUUUGGCGCUGACGCUACGUCGUUUUCGGUGUUCGGAGUACGUUAAUAACAACUUCCAAAAUACAACCGCACAAUAAUAAAACAAAGUCAAUGAUAUUGGUGCAAAAAAAAAAAAAAGAAUACAAAUACGUUACACUGUAGCAGCUUCUUCGCGUGCGUAGUUAACUUACAUUGCCCAGCGCGAUUAAAGUGUUUUUUGCUGUUAACAAUUUAAGUUCGUCCCGCUGGCUCUUCUGCCCCGCUCUCGCUCUACCGUUCGCACCGCUCGCGCGUUUCGGCCGUCUCUUUCGUGUGUCGGCCCCGUUAACGCCGAGGUUCAACGCGAUCGCCGCUUUUUUUAUUGCCAUUGUAUAUUGUAUUACUUAUUAUAAUAUUCCGUGAAUCGGUCGCAACGCUCAUUUAUUUUUGUUAUUUCAACACAAACAGCUUUUCUGCUGAAACAUAUAUAAUUUGCAAUACAAUCGAUCCGAAAUUCUCCGAUUUCGCGAGCUUUUCGCCCAAAGCUCGGCUUUCGCGAUGGAGUUGGAGUUGGGAUACGCUUGAGUAGACCGCAAAUUUUCUCUCCCUUACACUAUCUGUCUCUCUGUCUACUUCCAUCGUUGAUAAACUUCGAAAAUAUAAUUUCGAUAUUCCGAGCAUAAACAAAUCGUUGGAUUGUGCAAACAAUCGCAGUUCAAAAUCCAUCACGUUCUCAUAUUUAUGCGCUUUAUGAAUUAAAUAAAUAAUCAAACGCGUGUUGGAUACGUACCCGAUCCGGAGCAGGAGCUACAGCAACAUGUCUAUAUCUGGCAUUAUGUUGUGGAUGUCUAUAGGAGCCAGCUUAUUGCUGAUCUACAGUUUCGACUUCACAUCGGCCUCGGCAACAGCCAACGCCGGCUAUGUCGAUCAUGGAGAUACGAAAGUUUGCAUUGGCACAAAGAGUCGUCUGUCUGUGCCCUCGAAUCGAGAGCAUCAUUAUCGUAAUCUGCGCGAUCGUUACACGAACUGCACCUAUGUUGAUGGCAAUUUGGAGCUAACCUGGCUGCAGGAUCCCAACCUGGACCUGAGCUUCCUGGCCAACAUACGUGAGGUAACGGGCUAUAUACUGAUCAGUCAUGUGGAUGUGACGAAUGUGAUAUUUCCCAAACUGCAAAUCAUUCGCGGCCGCACGCUGUUCAGCCUGACUGUUGAGGAGGAGAAAUACGCCCUGUUUGCCACAUACUCGAAGAUGAACACCCUGGAGAUGCCCGAGCUGCGCGAUAUACUCGCUGGCUGGGUUGGCUUCUUCAACAACUACAAUCUGUGCCACACGCGCUCCAUUGUGUGGCGCGAAAUUCUGUCGGGCGCCAACGACGACUACAACUACACGUACACCUUUACGGCCGCGGAGCGCACGUGCCCGGCGUGCCAUCCGUCGUGCGAGCGCGGCGCCUGCUGGGGCGAGGGAGCGCACAAUUGCCAGAAGUUCAGCAAGAUCACCUGUGCGCCGCAGUGUGCGCAGGGCCGUUGCUUCGGCUCUGGGCCGAGGGACUGCUGUCACCUGUUCUGCGCUGGCGGCUGCACGGGACCGACGCAAAAGGAUUGCAUCGCGUGCAAGAACUUCUUCGAUGACGGCGUCUGCAAGGAGGAGUGCCCGCCCAUGCGCAAAUACAACCCGACCAACUAUGAGCUGGAGGCCAAUCCCGAGGGCAAGUACGCCUAUGGCGCGACCUGUGUGCGUGAGUGUCCGGGACACUUGCUGAAGGACAAUGGCGCCUGUGUGCGCAGCUGCCCCUCGGACAAAAUGGCCAAGGACGGCGAAUGCGUCGCCUGCAACGGACCCUGCCCCAAGACCUGUCCCGGCGUUGCGGUUCUCCACUCCGGGAACAUUGACUCGUUCAAGAACUGCACCGUGAUCGAGGGCAACAUCCGAGUGCUGGACCAGACCUUCUCGGGCUAUCAGGACAUCUAUGCGAACUACACGAUGGGCGCACGCUAUAUACCCAUGCAUCCCGACCGUCUCGAAGUCUUCUCCACGGUCAAAGAGAUCACCGGCUAUCUGAAUAUCGAGGGAGUGCAUCCGCAGUUCAAGAAUCUCUCCUACUUUCGCAAUCUGGAGGUCAUUCACGGUCGCCAGCUCAUGGAGAGCUACUUUGCCGCCCUGGCCAUUGUCAAGUCCUCGCUAUCCAGCCUGGAGCUGCGCAGUCUGAAGCGCAUCAACUCCGGCAGCAUCGUCAUACAGCACAACACGCAGCUCUGCUAUGUGAGCAGCAUACACUGGGCCGCGAUUCAGAAGACCAACGAUCAGAAGCUGUUCAUCAAUGAGAAUCUAAAUACGUCCGAGUGUCGCAAAACGGGUCAAAUCUGUUCGGAUCAAUGCAACAGCGAUGGCUGCUGGGGCGCUGGACCGGAGCAGUGCUUGAACUGCAAGAGCUUCAACUACAAUGGCACCUGCAUAGCCGACUGUCGCAAUGUCUCCAACACCUACCAGUUCGAUUCAAAGACCUGCAAGAAAUGCCAUCCGGAGUGCCGCACCUGCUCCGGCCCCGGCGCCGAGCACUGCGACGAGUGCGUUCAUGUGCGCGACGAGCAGCACUGCGUGACCGUCUGUCCGGAUGACAAGUACGCGGACUUUGGCAUCUGCCGCAAGUGCCACGAGACGUGCGAGGGCUGCACCGGACCCAAGAACACGAUUGGACACGGCGCCUGCAAUACGUGCAAUCUGGCCAUCAUCAAUGCCGAUGCGACGGUGGAGCGCUGCUUGCGCAAGGACGACAAGUGCCCCGACGGCUACUACUGGGAAUAUGUGCAUCCGCAGGAGCAGGGCUCGCUCAAGCCCUUGGCCGGCAAGGCCAUCUGUCGCAAGUGCCAUCCGCGCUGCGAGCUGUGCACCAACUAUGGCUUCCAUCUGCAGGUCUGCUCCAAGUGCGCGCGCUACAAGCGACUGGAGCAGUGCGAGGACGAGUGCCCGAGCGAUCACUAUGCGGAUGAGGAGAGGCGCGAGUGUUUCGUUUGCCAUCCGGAGUGCAAGGGCUGCACGGGUCCCGGCGCGGAGGACUGCUUGGCCUGUGUCAACUUCAAGGUGUUUGCCGAGGGCGAGGUCUACGACAAUUCGACCAUGUUCAACUGCACCUCCAAGUGCCCGGCGGAGCAGCCGCAUGUCAACUACCAAUCGCACUUCAUUGGACCGCACUGCGUGUCCAGUCCGCCACGCGGCUCCAAGGUGACCGCCAACCUCAAUGUGAACAUGAUCAUCAUCAUCUUUGUGGCCGUCUUCAUACCUGUGAUCUGUGUGCUCAGCGUCAUCAUCUACAUCUGCCGGCAGAAGCAGCAGGAGAAGAAGGAGACCGACGACUUGGCCAAAGCAUUCUUCGGCUGCGAUGACGCGGAGCCGCUGCGUCCCUCCAACAUAGGCGCCAAUCUCAGCAAGCUGCGAAUCGUCAAGGAUGCGGAAUUGCGCAAAGGCGGCGUCUUGGGCAUGGGCGCGUUUGGACGUGUCUACAAGGGUGUCUGGGUGCCGGAGGGUGAGAAUGUCAAGAUACCUGUUGCCAUCAAGGAGCUGCUCAAGACGUCUGGUGCCGAGUCCAGUCAGGAAUUCCUCAACGAGGCCUACGCCAUGGCAACUGUGGAGCACGGCAAUCUGCUCAAGCUGCUGGCCGUCUGCAUGUCCUCGCAGAUGAUGCUGAUCACACAGCUCAUGCCGCUGGGCUGCCUGCUCGACUAUGUGCGCAACAAUCGGGACAAGAUCGGAUCCAAGGCGCUGCUCAACUGGUCCACCCAGAUAGCCAAGGGCAUGUCCUACCUGGAGGAGCGGCGGCUGGUGCAUCGCGAUCUGGCCGCACGUAAUGUCCUGGUGCAGACGCCAUCGCUGGUGAAGAUUACGGACUUUGGCCUGGCCAAGCUGCUCAGCUUGGAGUCCAAUGAAUACAAGGCGGCCGGUGGCAAGAUGCCCAUCAAGUGGCUGGCGCUCGAGUGCAUCCGGCAUCGCAUCUUCUCCAGUAAGUCGGAUGUGUGGGCAUUUGGCGUGACGAUUUGGGAGCUGCUGACCUUUGGCCAGCGGCCACAUGAGAAUAUACUGGCCAAGGAUAUACCCGAUCUCAUCGAGAUGGGCCUGAAACUGGAGCAGCCCGAGAUCUGUUCCCUGGACAUUUACUGCACCUUGCUCUCCUGCUGGCAGCUGGACGCCGAUCUGCGUCCGACGUUCAAGCAGCUGACCAACGUGUUUGCCGAGUUCGCUCGUGAUCCGGGCCGUUUCCUGGUCAUACCCGGCGAUAAGUUCACCAGGCUGCCCGCCUAUACCAGCCAGGAUGAAAAGGAUCUCAUACGCAAAUUGGCGCCAACCACCGAUGGGUCCGAGCCCCUGGUCGAGGCCGAUGACUAUCUGCAGCCCAAGGCGGCGCCCGGUCCCAGCCAUCGCACUGAUGGCACCGACGAGAUACCCAAGCUCAAUCGCUACUGCAAGGAUCCCAGCAACAAGAAUUCGAACAGUGGCGGAGGCGUUGGCGAUGACGAAACCGACUCCAAUGCCCGCGAAGUGGGCGUGGGCAAUCUGCGACUUGAUCUGCCAGUCGAUGAGGAUGACUAUCUGAUGCCCACUGGCCAGAGUAAUGGCAGCAACAACAACAACAACAACAGCAACAAUCCCAACAACAACAUGGCAGCAGCAGCCACGGGCUACAUCGAUGUGAUAGGCGUGCCCGUGAGCGUGGAUAAUCCAGAGUAUCUGCUGAAUGCACUCAGCGCUGGCGAGGCGCCCAUUCCCACCCAAACCAUUGGCAUACCUGUGGCAGGUGUGCCCGGCAGCAUGGAGGUGAAGAUGCCGGGCAGCGAGUCCACCAGCUCCGAUCAUGAGUACUACAACGAUACGCAACGUGAGCUGCAGCCGCUGCAAUUGCUGCGCAGUCGCAGCACCGAGACGCGAGUGUAGCCACACAUCCUCACACACACACACACACCCACACCCACACAUAUACAUACAUACUGCCAGAAUGUAACAAACCGUUUUUGGAUAUCAAUCUUGCCACGUAGUACCCAAGUGCCUUGUGAAGCCAUCGCCAGUUGCGGAUGCAGUUGCUGCCGAUGCGUGCCUUCUGAAUGCUGUUAUCAUAGAUAAAGCCCCAUUCGUCUGUAGUUGUAAAAACCAAACUCCCCCCAUUUGAAUGUAAAGUCUCGUUAUUACACUGUAGCGUACUUAGCAAGACCUUUCCGUAUAUAUAUAUCUAUAUGUCCCACUCCAUAUCAACCAACUUAGGAUACGUAGAGAACUAGUUGUAUAUUUUAUGUAGCGCUUGUAGACUCAAUGUAAUUACGAGAUCAAAACACCGAUAGUGCAUUUCUUAGACGUCCUGCGCGACCAGCACUUGCACUUGAAUCACAAUCGAAUCGGAUCUAAGGAUCUAUUCGAGUGGGCUUCAGGUUUUUGGAAGUGCAAGGAACGACCCACUAAGCUAAAGUUAUUUCUAGUUCGCAGUUGUAUCAAAUCAAUAUCUUAUCUAUAUAUAUAGACAUAGGUAUCUUUUAAGAGUUAUAGGCUUCUAGUUUGUAGUCUCCAACUGUGAUAUAGUUCCUAGGAAAUAGUAUAGCUGUUUAAGAAUUUUUAAAACUUCGUUCGAUAUUGCGGGCCACUGAUCUAAUUAUAGACGCUGAUCUGAUACAUUUGUAUUUUUUGGCCUCAAAAAAUUUAUAUAAAAAUGAAAAAAAAAAACAAAAACAAUUUAAUUUCGAUAAAUACAAAAAUAAACAAAUAAAUCCCGAGCGUGCCAUGCAUCAUCGAGUAUGCAAUUCUCCUAAAGAUUUCGAAUAUUUGUUGGCACAUUACAACUGAAAUGUAAUUAAUCCUAAGCCUUAGUCUACUUUAUAUUGAACAAAGAUAAAUAUGUACAUAAUUUAAACGAUAAAAAUGCGAUUGUAAUACGCCUAACAACUAAUCUGUAUGCGUGUCUGCUUCACAAUGAUUCAGUACGCUGCGUAUGCAAUUGGACAUAUAAAUCUUAAUUUAAUUUAA